CAGGGAACGACUGCACGCGCACCAGAACAGACAGAAUUAAAUUGGUACUGGAGUACGACUCAUAAUUCCAAAAGAAGCGGUUACAAACUAUUUAAAUAACCGGUAUAUAAAUAUCAAACCCAUGAUUUAUAUCGGCCAAAUUCACUAUUUUUUUAUGGUGACAAUAUCGGACUUUUCUUGCAUCUCGUAUAAGUAGCAGAUAGCUAACAUUAGCCUCGGGCAGUUGCGAACCAGCUUGCUAACAGGAAAAUAUCGACUGCUGUUUUGGCUAACUGGCCAGCUAAUCUUGAACACUAGAAACCGGAAGAUUGGUGCCUGUUUGCACACAUUUUUAUUUCCAGAGAGCAACGAGCGUGCACUUUUGUGUACCUAGUUGCAGUGUCAAGUAGGUUACAAGUACACUUGGGGAAACCUUGCGUUAGCUAGCUAGCAAUGUAGCUGGCUAGCUUGCUUUUAAUAUUCUUGGAGGGGAACAUAUUUGCCAACAAAGGAAACGGACGAUUUUGUACAUGUCUCACGUUAAUUAUCCUGCCCAAAUCACAGCGAGGGGUGAAGACAAUCCCAGAUUUUGAGACACAAGUGCCUCCUGUGCUCACGUUCUCCCGCUCCUGAGCGUGGCUCGUCCUCACGACAUCACCAAUGCGACCAUGGGAAAUCGCAGUGAAUAGGCGGCCACCAACAGCCCCCUUAAACCAGAGGAGGUUCCCAGGGGAACCCUGCAAUACCCCAGUGCAUCUCAGGAGAAGUCCUCCCGGGAGAAGACAGUGGGGGAGGAGAGACAGGCCCAUACUGCACAGCUCCCUGCCCCAGGAUGAGAGCUUCCAGCACCCCCUCUUCCCCCAGCAUCAGCAGCACCUUUCCUUAGAUGAGUCCCGAGCGUACAGCCACACCAGCGUCCCGCCACGAAUGCUCCACCCUGCCGCACACCCCCCCCAGCAGAGCCCCAUCAUGGUGGACCUCCACGAGCAGAUGCACCAGGGACCAGUGCCCAUAUCUUACACGGUUACCACGGUGACGACCCACGGGUUCCCCCUCCACGCCGGCCAGCCUAUCCCAGGGUGCAACGCUCAGCAGCUCCCAGCAUGCUCGGUAAUAUUGAGCGGACAGCACACUCUGCUCUGCUGCCUACCUCCUCCCUUGAUCCAAGCCUGUACGAUGCAGCACAUGCCAGUGUCUUACCAAGCCUUUCCGCCUCUGAUCUCCAGCGAGCAUUUUAUACUGCACCCUCCUCCCCCCGUUCCCCCCCACCAGCCCCCCCACCUCGCUCCGCUCAGCCAGUUCGUCCCGCUGCAGCCCCAACCCCCCCGCAUGCCUCUACAGAGAGUGGACAAUGAAGUGGAGAUGAGAGGGGAACAGCACCCCGUCGGGGGGUUCUCCUACAGCCCCACCCAUCACCCACCAGCAAUGCCCCCGUCUGUGCCCCUCCAGUACCUCCCUCAAGACCCCCUGCACCAGGACCUUCCCUUCGGAGUGCCAUACCCCCACGUGUUGCCACGGCGAGUUAGCGGACAGAGAUACCGUCUCCAGCAGCCCUUGCCCCCGCCUCCCCCUCCUCCUCCCUAUUACCCAAGCUUCCUGCCCUACUUCCUCUCGAUGCUUCCUGUGCCUCCGACUGCAGUGGGGCCAGCCAUCAGCCUGGACCUCGAUGUGGAUGACGUGGAGAUGGAGAACUAUGAGGCACUACUGAACCUGGCUGAGAGGCUGGGAGAAGCCAAGCCUCGCGGACUCACCAAAGCCGACAUAGAGCAGCUUCCGUCCUAUAGAUUCAACCCCGAGAGUCACCAAUCUGAACAAACUCUGUGUGUUGUGUGCUUUAGUGAUUUCGAGUCACGGCAGCUGCUUCGAGUAUUACCCUGUAACCAUGAGUUCCAUGCUAAAUGUGUCGACAAAUGGUUAAAGACCAAUCGCACCUGUCCAAUCUGUCGGGCGGACGCGUCUGAGGUCCACCGGGACGUCGAGUGAGUGCACACCGCGGCUCGUCCAAUGGGAAAGCAGCGCGAUAGAUGGAGCAUGCUCCAUGUGGGAUCACGGGACUCCGCCCACCUGUCCCGCGGUCCCUCCCCCCCGCAAAACACACACACACACAAAAAAAAAACCUCCCGCUCCCCCUCCCCAUCUCGAACAAUACUCAAUCUCCGAUCGUGUUUGGGGCCCUCUAUCCACCUCUGCUGUGCGUUGUGUGAGUUUGAUGAAAGCUACUGCCUAGUAUAGCCACAUAGCCACUGAGCUCUGGAGUUGUGUAGUGUGUAUUUCUCUCGGUUUUUUUUGCCCUUGUGUUACCGAUACUCCAAAGAUUUAACCUGUAAUAUCUGUUGUUGUGUUUUAACUUUUAAGGGAAACAAAAUUAGGCGUUUUUUUUUCUUUUCUUUUCCUUUCUUCUUCUUUGAUUAUUUUCUAGUUGAUAUUAGAAUCAUUCCAAGUACUUCACCAGUGAUAGGGUUACAGGAGUUUGGGGCUGUGAAAUUGGCAGACCAACACCAAGAUGAAUUUUUUAAAAAAUAAUAAAAAAAGGUUAGUAGGAACCUGAAGCAUUCCGCUGGCUUGGAGAAAAGGCUUGACCAUCAGAGAUGCAUGUUCGUAUAGGUGAUGGGCAAAAGUGACUUGUUGUUAAUAAUGUAUGUUACGCAAUAAUGUAUUGAUGAUUUUAAUAUUACUUUCCCACUUUUUUCUUUAUAAUUUUUUUAAAACCUGCGAAUGCUAUUGUGAACGUCUGACUUGCUGUGGUUAAAGUUGCAGUAUCUCUUUAAGGCCUGUGGUUAAAAAAACAAACAAAAAAAACUAAUGGAUUGGAGCUGACGGACAGACCUUGGUUCGGAACCCUCCUCUAGCUUUCCCUCGGCAAAAAAAAAAAGUAGCUGAAAUCUGUUGGGAAGAAGGAGCGUCGCAGUGGAGUUUCUGUCGUUGCUCUUGCAGCAGGCGUCCGUCCUGCUGCGGUCGUACAGACGGACAACGCGGGGACUGAAGAUCACGUCCUGCAAGCGCCACGCCCAAGCACCCACGCCCUCUGGCUCCACCCCCCCCUCCCAGAAGCCCGAGCUUUCGGCUGAUCCCAGGGGAAUUCUGGGGGACGGAGUUUGCAUGGACUGUUGAUUUAGAUUAGCAAUAUUUAAAUCAAGAAUAUCGCCACCGUUUUAACCGUUAACAGAGAAAAAAAGAAAAACGACAGCGACGAAAUAAAAAAGGCAAAAGAAAACACUCAAA